GGUGUGUUCAUGCAAUAAUCCUCUUCAAGUAAAUCACAACUCUAUGUCAAAGCGGAUGCACAUUAUUGAUACGGAUGGACGCUCUGUAUUGUGACGUAAUAAUGAAGCACAUCGACGCUUGAAGCGUAAACAACAGGACAGGGUGUUAGGGUUUACGGCGUUACGUCGUCAUGGCAACGAAGUUGUAAAACGGGACAGAGCCAUACAUAUAAGGAUCUAUUGAGUAAACACUUUGUUUAGUAUCAGUAUUGUGGAUCUCCAUCAUGGGCAGGCUGGAUGAUGCUGCUAAGCGCAAAGUCGUGGAACUGCGGGAAGCAGGCUUGAGUUUCCGUAAGAUUAAAGCUGUGCUAGAGCUGGAGAACAUCAAGGUGUCUGCGCAGGCCAUCUACCUUUUCUUGAAGGAGUUUCAAGGGAGAGCUCGCAAGGAGGAUGGUGCUCCAGCUAGGAAGAGCAGCCAUACGGUGCCAGUGUCGGUGCCAGCAAGGGAGGUUGGUGUCGGUGAGUCUCGGCAGGUUGGCUGGAGUGAUCACCAGCUGAGUAACCUCCUCAGAGAGGCCUCACGGGUCGCAGCCUCACAGCAGGCCAGCUCUUCUUCGGAUGCAAGAGCAGGACAGUCUUCCGGGACGAGUUCGACUGGCAGACGGGAAACGCGGGAGGGGGGAAAAGACGAGGACAUUCGGAUUGUCAGUGUCACGUCUCUGGCACAGGGCACGCAGCAUGCUGGCAUCCAGACGUCGCGCUCGGGGGUGAGCUCUGGGGUGAUGAGUGGUGCAAAUUUUAGAAGACGACACACACCAUCGCCCGCCAACCCUGUGCUCGUGGCUCGUAAGAGACUGCUGGAUAAGGCUUUGCUUCACCGAGCGAGGGUAAGGGAAAGUGGCCCGCAGACUGGCCAGCAAAUGUCAUUGUCACUGAGGCGAGAUCAGUCCUCUUUCUCUGGCCCGGAUGGGAGAAAGGCUGUGUUACCUCAAGCAACCUCUUAUGACCUCACUACACCCAGACCUCCAAAUAUGAGAGGGUUACACCAAGGAGCCACUGCUCACAGAAGGUGGAUGCAUCAGAGGGUAGGCGUUCCCAUGCGAGCUCCUCAACACCCACCCCGUGUAGGCAUCCGUCUCCCUGACCCGAACACCUCUGGAACUACAUCCCAAAACACUGCCCCCUCCACACCGGUCCAAAACAUGACCAACCAGCCUUCCCCUCCUCCCCAGCGGAGCAGCUUUGAUGCUGGGGCUGUGAGCGUCCUACAAGAACAGAUCCAGUCCUUGAGUUCAGAACUUAGAAAUCUGGGUGUAGCACUGAGGAUGAUGGUGGAUCAACAGGGUCGUCUGGAGCGAGAGCAGACCCAGCAGACUCAGGUCCAAAAGCAGAUCCUCAGCACCCUUCAGGAGCUUGCAUCUAAAUUCGAGCCCUGCGGCCUACUUCAGUCCACAUCUGCUCCGACGUUGCAUGCGUCUUGUUCCAUGGCUUCCUCUACAGCGCCUUUCAGCCAGACCGCACAAAGUCAGGGCGCCUAUGCCCAGUGCAGCCAAGCCCAGACGAGGUACAACGAGAUCCACGAUUCUGGUCUUGAGAGCAUCCAGGCGUUCUCUCUGGACCAGCUCGGCCCGCCCACCAUGAAUGGGUUUCAGACAUGCCCAAACUCUGGCGGGCCCCCGUUCACCCAUGUGCAACCGCGCACACCGACGUUCACGCAGGCACAUGCGCAAACGUUCCCUGCCAACGCGCUCUCCUACGCACAGUCACAAACAGACUCCUUUACAGGGAUGGAUAGUAAAUCGGUUGACAUGCCCUCCAGUGCAGACAGAACAUUCCAAGCUUGUAGCCCCCCUAACCAGACCUCUAGUCACACGGUGUCACCGCACGAGCCCGAGCUGAACAUUAUUAAGGUGGAGAAUGUCUGAGAAUGCAGGAAACGGUUUAGAGAGCAGGAUAUGUGUUAUGGAUAUGAAAAUCCCCAAUAUGGACUUUUCAAUGCCAAUACCGAUAUUUUGCUGAUAUAUGCAUCUAAUACCAAUCUAUAUCCAUAACAUUAUUUAAAGGUGAUGUCAUUCUUUUCUGUGUUAAAAGUAGGGAUGCACCAAUACAAAAUUUGUGUACCAAUACCGAUUACUUGGAACAGGGGUUGGCAACCUAUGACACAUGUCCCAACAUUGACACAUGAAUAGGUAAUCACUGGCAUGCCGGCAACGGCGAGAGAGGACUAUUUAAUUUAUAUGAAAUUCCACUCCUGCAUUCCAGUUUGCAUCUUGAUGUAGUCCUUCCUCAUGAUCACGUAGCAUGUUUUUAUGAGCUGAAUGGGAAGCUAAACUAAAAGUUCAAAUGUAACGAGGCUGCAGUACCCAACAGACUCAUGCAGCACGUGCAAGCCAUUCACGCAUCACGAGCCGACAGCGCUUCACUUUCGGUUGAUCGCGCAAGUUAAAAUGCACCCGCGUUGAUUCGGUCAGACUGCGCGGAUGACAUCCUACAUUCAGUGUUUCAUUUUGCUUUCAGAACAACACAUGACAUUACAAAAACACUACUAUUAAUCCUUGAGAUUAAGGCAUCCUUGAGGCACCCUUAAACCACGAUCACACUCCAAAUUACAUUAAACGAUUAAAAGAGAAAACAUAAACCCACAUCGUGGGGUUAAAAAAUCUUUUCAAGUCUAUUCAAAAUAUAAAUGAAACCUGGAAAUAAAGUUUUAGGAUUUUGCAGGUGCGAUUCACCGAAAUGGGCUAAAUAGUUGAUCGGCUCGUGAUGCGUGGCGCGAGUCUCGUCACAUUUAACCUCCCAUUCAGCUGAAGAAAACACGCUGCGUCAUCAUGAGGAAGGACUACAUCAAGCCUGCUCCUCUCUUGCUGUACUUGCAUGCUAGUGAUUUCCCCUCGGCGUGUUUUUGAAAAAUGUACGACAUAAUGAAGAAAUAUUUAAGAUUCCACACAUUUCCUGAUCGGUAAUCAAAUAAGCACAUUUUUCGUGACAUGAACAAAAUAGAAACAUUUUCACAAGUGGACUCAAACUUUGGAGAAUCACAUACAUGCACUGAUAUAUACAGCUCUGGAAAACAUUAUUAGACCACUCCAAAUGUUUCUUAAAUCAGCAUCUCUACAUGUAUGGCAGCCAUUCAAGUGUCUGUUGAAUUUCUGCUUGAAUGUUUGCGCCAGGAGUGGCAUAAUGUCACCCAACAGCAAUGUGAAAGACUGGUAGAGGGCAUACAAGACGCAUGAAAGCUGUGAUUGAACAUCCGAGUUAUCCCUCAGAGAGGGUUACACCAAGGAGCCACUGCUCACAGAAGGUGGAUGCAUCAGAGGGUAGGCGUUCCCAUGCGAGCUCCUCAACACCCACCCCGUGUAGGCAGCCGUCCACCAAAUAUUGAUUUCUGAACUCAAUAUUAAUAUUGUGUUGUUUAAAAAUGUGUUUUCUUGGCAUUAUUCGAGAUGUGAAAACACGGCAUCUUUUUGGUUAUUUUGACCAGUUGUAAUUUCUGCAAAUAAAUGCUCUAAAUGACCAUAUUUUUGGGGGGAAUUUGGGAGAAAUGUUGUCAGUACUUUAUAGAAUUAAACACAAAUGUUCAUUUUAUUCAAACACGUACCAAUAAAUAGUAAAUCCAGAGAAACUGGGGGGUUGGGAUAGACGUCGGCACAGCCAUUAACCAGGAAAACACAUCGGCCGAUACUGAUAUUUUGGUGGUUCUGCUUUUUAUGCUCCCUUGUUUCGAAUCACUGAUAAUUACACCAUUUCUAAGCUAAUUUAAAUAACAAAAUUUCUAUUGUCCAUGUUUCAGAGUAACUGGUCUCAGUUAUGAACAAAAAGCACAAUAUUAACUCACACUACCAGCUUUAUGAAUAGCUUCUAGUUCGGCUCACAUUAAAUUAGACUUCUUAAUUGUGUUAUUGUUCUGUACUCACAUUAACUGACUUCUAAAUGAUGUUAAAUUAGUUUUAAUGAACUCGAAGUCCUUGCUGUGUCGAGCGCUGAAGGUAAUCAAAUACGUUUUAUUAAAAGUGUAAACGGCAGUUGAGCGGUGCAGAGUUUACACAUUACAGCUCAACUUGUCAAAGUAAUUCCUUUCACACUCAGCACAACUUCGCUAAUACAGUUCGCUAAUUGGCCAGUGAGUUUUUCUGAGAGGAAAUAAUCUGCCCUGAUUAAUGGCUGUUUUUAAACAAUUGACCAGUGUCUGAUAGUGUAGAUAUUUGCCUUUAUCGGCCGAUGCAUUGAUGCAUCUCUAGUUAAAAGACUUUCUCUUAUCCAUACUCAAUAUACAGAGACGGGUAGAAGUAAGAUCAAAGUGUUUGGGUCGCUAGUUUGUGCAAUUCUGAAAUUACACCCCUUCAAUGACAGCUAGCCAUCCAUCUUCAACUGCUUAUCCGAAGUCGGGUCACGGGGGCAGCAGCUCCAGCAGGGAGCCCCAAACUUCCCUAUCCCGAGCCACAUUAACCAGCUCUGACUGGGGGACCCCGAGGCGUUCCCAGGCCAGUGUGGAGAUGUAAUCUCUCCACCUAGUCCUGGGUCUUCCCCGAGGCCUCCUCCCAGCUGGACGUGCCUGAAACACCUCCCUAGGGAGGCGGCCAGGGGGCAUCCUUACCAGAUGCCCAAACCACCUCAACUGACUCCUUUCGACGCAAAGGAGCAGCGGCUCUACUCCGAGCUCCUCACGGAUGACUGAGCUCCUCACCCUAUCUCUAAGGGAGAAGCCCACCACUCUUCUGAGGAAGCCCAUUUCGGCCGCUUGUACUCGCGACCUAGUUCUUUCGGUCAUGACCCAGCCUUCAUGACCAUAGGUGAGGGUAGGAAUGAAAAUUGACCGGUAGAUCGAGAGCUUUGCCUUCCGGCUCAGCUCUCUUUUCGUGACAACGGUGCGAUAGAGCGAGGGCAAUACCGCCCCCGCUGCCCCGAUUCUCCGGCCAACCUCCCGCUCCAUUGUCCCCUCACUCGUGAACAAGACCCCGAGGUACUUGAACUCCUUCACUUGGGGCAAUACCUCCUUCCCUACCCGUAGUACGCACGCCAUCGGUUUCCUGCUGAGAACAUGGCCUCAGAUUUAGAGGUGCUAAUAUGUAAUAAAUGAAUACAUUCGAAAUUACUGAAUUAAAAUGAAACACUUAUUUUAUUUGACACAAUAUUUACUCAAAGCAGGAAAAGUGCCAUGUGGUGAACAUGUGGUGGCGUAUUUAUUUGUAUUUAAUGAUGAAAUGAAGAAAAUGUAACAUGUUUGUUUGUCAUUAUUGUUGAGACAGUAGUAGGGUACAACGGGGUAAAAUGCUCCAUUGAUUUUAUUUUCUCCCAAAACACUAAAUAGCAGCAAACACUACCACAGGACUUUCAUAAACACCUGUUUGUCAGUAUACACUGCAGAAUUGUCCCGUUCCACGAGAUCUUUGCGUGUUAUGUCUAAAGGUUGAUUUUGAGGAAAUUUGAUCUAAUUUUUUAUAUAUUUUUUUAAAUGUUGCACAUUUAUGUAGCUAAUAAAUUUCCUGGAAAUUGUCAUUUAUUUUGAGACAAAAUACUUAUUUAUAAUUUUCAGUUUUGUUUAUAGAAUACAUGAGAUGUAAUAAAA